AUGGCGGACAGUCGGGCGGCCGGCACGGCGGCCAGCGAUUCAAAUGUGGGAGGACGAGAAGAACGAGGCGGCGACGGCGGCUGCGACGACGACCACGACCACGAUGAGGACGACGAGACUCGCAUAGAUCGCAGCUUUGACGAUGGCGACGACACCGAAACGUUAGCCGUAAGAAAGUUUUCGUUAACAAUCUUGGCUGUUGCUAAAUUGGACUAUCGACAAGUUGCAAUCCUUUCUAACGGAUCACUUCAACUCUCAGCGUGA